AUGGCAAACAGAGGCUCAGCGUCUCUCUUCGGGAGAUUCAGCAAGUCCAAGAAUUCGAAGGAGACAAGUCAUCAAAACCGAAGAGCUUGCCUCUUGCGUUCUGAGCCGACCAUUGAAAGACCUUCACAAGUAUUGGAAAAUGGGGAAGAAAUCAAUCGGGACGGGGAUGAUGUAUAUAUAUGUCCGGAUGUACUCGGCGAGAGUAGUAGUGAUGGCAAAAGUGCAUACCGAGCCGAAAGAACUAAAUCUCGCUUGGAGGAGCUACUGCAGGGAAUACCAAGAAUUAAAGAAUUGCAAUGGCGAGUGGUUGCGGCACAAAUUCAAGCUAGACAAAAAAUGAGAGAAGUGGGAUUCAAACGAUCGGCUGUUUCACGAGCCGAUGCUAGCUUCAUGAAAGAACUUCAACGACUCAAAGCAGAGGGACAGCUUGAAGCAUUUGACCAACUGACCAGGCUUGCAGAUGCCUGCCAGUCAGCACGUGAUGGACUUGGUCCUUUGGAAGAUGAGGGCAUGGAAGCGCAACGCGAGUUUGAGGGGGAGAUGUGGGAUUUGAGACAGGCAGAAGACGCACUUUUCGAGAAUUUUUCAUCCGAUCCCGGAGAGGUUUUCGAGGAGUCCUCAGUGGCUUCAAGUUCGAGCUCAGCACACAAUAUCCUGGGUAUUCCCUCGCCUGCCAUAGUAAACAAUCCUGAAUUACGAGGUAAAAAAAAUGGAGACAGAAGAGGAAAGCUUGGAUCUCCCAUAUUCACCACGAGUGACUUUGAGAGACAUCAGAAUUGUCCCAAUUCUCUACCGCCUGUCAACAAGACAUCAAGGAAAGCGUCGGAUUUAGAUGAUUUGCAAAUGUUGGGCAAUGGUAAUGGAUGUCAAAAACAACAUGGUGCCCCUAUUUGUUUUGAGCACUCAGUAGUAUCAUCAUCGAGCAUACCUUUUCCGAUGCAGGAAUCAAUCUCAUCUCAGGAGAGGAGCAAUGAAGAAGAGAAGGAUACAUUAUUACUGGGUCUAGAAACUCAAGGGGCUUUAGGGCACCAAGAAAUACAUUACGAGCCUAUGCUGUCAUUAGAGCCGGCAGUUAUCGACAAUGUUGAUGACGAAUUUCAAGAAUGUGAGUCAGCGGUGGGAUCAGAUUCUGGAUUUACUAACCUGGAUAUGGUUGACGACGACUAUUUGACUGCGGUUCCUACGAAACGACAAUCAAGUACAGAGUCUUUUCCCAAAUUGCUAACGAAUUUUGGUACACGGCGCGAUCGAAUAAAUAAAUGGCUGCUACAUACGAUGCUUAUCUCCAAAUCAGAAGCAAAUCUUAUUGGGCUACAACUGCAGAAAGAAACUGACUCAUCACCAUCCCCAUGGGCGCAAUUGAUCGUUGCUUUUUUUGAAUUUGAUUAUAAUACUUCCAAACCUACCGACAAGACGGUUUCAAUGGAUACGAGGGCGGUGGAAGGGAUUGAUAUGCACGAUAUCUUGAUGACAUCUCGAUUCAAUACAUCAAAGAAUCAGGAGUCUUCAGGUAACAGAAAACAAGACACGACAAGCAAAUUAUGUCCUGUUUCAAUUCCUAAGACUAUCACCGAAAAUACCGCAACCACGCCUAAUGAACAUCUAUGUACCAUCAAAAAUCCCGAAACUCACAACAUAAUGGCGAACCAAUCGAUCUCUGAAGAAGUGUUGUCGCAACUAGAACUGCCCGAUUCAACUUCAUCCAGUAUUGAUGUAUUGAAUCACCAACACCAACCUACUGGAUUCAAAAUACAAGAUACGAUAAUCCCAAGAGGAAAGGCCAAUUUGAUGUUAGACGAGCUUUAUGAGGACAGCCCAACAAGCAAAGAUGGACUACAAAGUAGGAGGGAAAGGGAAGGGGAAGAUGGAGUGGCAAAAGAUACAUAA